AUGGCAAUUUCAUCAUUUCUCUCCGUUCCACCGCCAUGUGCCGCCUCCGUGUCCGCUCCUCCAAGGUGCGUAGAUAAUGCAAAGAGCUUAAACAACAAAAAUUCUACAUUCGAAGUGAAAAAAUGUUAUUCAAGAAGGUUGAUUCUUCACUUUUUGGGAAUUAACCAUGUAUUAUGUUAUGCUGCUCCUGCUUUGCCUUUGGCUUUGGCUGCACCAAUUAUGGAUACGAAUGAACCUCAAGUCAUAGGGACUUUGAAGCUUGCCAAUGGAGUCAGAAUUCAAGAUAUUAUUGAAGGAGAAGGAGUAGAAGCGCGUGGCGGAGAUUUGGUUGAAUUCAAUUGUGUAUGCAGGCGUGCGAAUGGAUACUUUGUUUUCAGUACAGUAGACCAAUUCAGUGGAGAAAGUAAUCCUGUUAUACUUCCUUUGGAUGAGGAUGAGAUGAUAUUGGGGUUAAAGCAGGUCCUCACUGGUAUGAGAGUUGGUGGAAAAAGAAGAGCAUUGAUUCCACCUUCUGUAGGAUAUGUAAAUGAGAGCUUGAAGCCAAUACCUGAAGAGUUUGGCCCUCGGCGCAGCCUUCUUUCUCAUGCACAGGAGCCUUUGGUAUUUGAAGUUCAGCUCUUGAAAAUUUUGAAUGUUUCACAAUAA